AUGGCUCUUGGACGGUCGCUGUCAAGUUCGAAAAUCAUUCGACAAUGCCUUCCUUGCCUAAGAGCUCGCCCCCCAGUUCCAGAAUAUACAAUGGGCAGUUUACUAGCCACCAGAGUCAAAUCCCACUAUCCGUCCAUUUACCCGCGUCGGGGUCGAUUACUGUGGCCCCUUCUAUUAAAAGCCGUUCACUUGGAGGUAGUGAGCGACUUGACUACUGAAGCCUUCAUUGGAGCUUUGAGACGUUUUAUCAGCAGAAGAGGUCGACCAGCCACCAUACAAUCAGACAACGGAACCAAUUUUGUCGGCGCCAACAACGAGCUAAAGCAGAUAGUAACAGAGUUGCAACACCCAAACAAUAACCACAAGAUUACGUCUGAAUUAACGCCAAGAGGAAUCGACUGGCAAUUCUCACCUGCCCAGUCUCCUCAUUUCGGAGGGAUUUGGGAAGCGGCCGUCAAAUCCUUCAAGCAUCGCCUGAGGAGAGUUAUGGGAACUCAGUUACUAACGCUGGAGCACUUUUCUACUUUCAUGGUCGAAAUUGAAGGUAUUCUGCAUUCUCGGGAACUGUAUCCCAGCUCAACAGACCCCAAUGAUCUGCAGGUGUUAACACCAGGACAUUUUUUAAUCGGUGAAGAGCUAACGCGGCCCUCCCCGAACAUGGUCUCCGAGAAAUCCCAGCAAACAGACUUUCUCUCUUCCAACACAUCCAGAAAAUGCGCCAGGACUUUUGGAGCCGAUGGCAUAAGGAAUACCUCAACGAAUUGA